AUGACGGUUAUCGACGUGUUGAGCAAAUACGCGUGGGUUUUGCCGCUGAAGAGCAAGAGCGGAAGCGAGGUAGCCGCGGCGUUAUCCAAGAUAUUUCGCGACGAUGAUAUCCGCAAAAUCUACAAACGGACAAGGACAAGGAGUUCUACAACGCCUCCAUGGCUCGACGCUCUAUCGCGUUUAAUCUCGGAGUAUAACAACCGCGCGCAUCAAACGAUCGGAAUGCGACCGGCGGACGUAACUCUCGCCAUUGCCAAGAGACUCCUCUCCACGGUAUACAGUCAUUUGAAAAUCGCAGCCCCCGCAAGAUUCAAGGUGAACGAUCCGGUAGGCGUCAGCAAGUUCAAAACGAUUUUCGAGAAGAGAUAUACGCCUAACUGA